AUCACCAAUAGAAAGAGCUCCCCGAAGGUCGGUUCACCGGUUGUAAAGAGGCGGGUCGUUCUGAGAAAAACAUAUCCAGACAGACUCAUCUGCCAUUCACUGGCUGAAACGUGCGGAGUACUUUUGUUCAGCUUGUUAGGGCGGUAUCUGAGGGACAUCUACACCUGCUACCGGACUCUACAAGCGGAUCCUCUCAGUGUAGUCUUGUUUUUCAUCCAGAAUGGAGGGAUCAGAUACUAAGACUGAGAAAUACGUCCUCCAGCUUAUAGCUAGGGCUUUACGGACAACACAGGUCGGCAUGGGCCGACUCCGUGGUCAGGACCUCGCCCCGAACAUCGGGAACGGCAUCGGCAGGCUCGGGCUGAAGUCCGCCGUCCUCACGGCGCUGGCCGGGGGAGUCAACGUCCUCUCGGACGUCCUGGUCGACACAGAAGCCUCAAAGGACGAGAGGAAAGACCAAAGCCAGUUUGCCGACAUUCUAAUCCUACCCAGAGGGGACUCUGGGAGAUGGAGCGAUUCUCAUUCCCCUCCCCGCCGUAGAAGCAGCGACAUCGUGUCAACAAUACAGGAACACAUGGUGGCCUGUACGGAGUCUGACGAGGCCGACGGUACUGAGGAAUGGAUAUCUGCACAGUCUGACGAGCUGUCAAAUCGGCGCCACAACAAAAUCAUACCUGACCUCCCACAACAGACGCCUAUAGAGAUAGAAGCACCGUGGGUCGUCCUCAUCAACCUGGUCUACAUCUCGGCGAGCUUCGCGAGAGUUGGCGUCCCGGUUCGCCCCGCCUAUUGGAAUCCGAUGACUGGGAAACGUUUUGGGCUGCCAAAUUACAGCGACAAGGCGUACCUCCAGGAAAAUGCCAACCGCCUGGUCGCGCUCUCUAUGGAGGGUUUAUUGAACGUGAAAUUCCACGAUUUGACUCGGGGAAUCAUCACAAUUAUGGAUAAGCGGCAGGAUGUGCUAAAGUCUGCCACUACGCAGGCGCAUAAGCUGAAGGUGCGGAAGGAUACGCCUGUUUACGCCUUCGCCGUCGUCGCUAUCGGACCUCGAGUUGCGCAAGCGCUCUGGACCAAACUGGUCAUUCAUCCAUCAGCUUCGUAAAACGCAGAUUAAUUCAGCACUAAUUAUUAAUUAAUUCAUUCAUUUCUAUAUUUCAGUGCUAUUUUGCAUUUUGUAAUUACUUCCCGUCGUAGGUUAUGUUUGUUCCAAGUUUGUUCUGAGUCUUGGAGUCCGUAAGGGUGAGGGCACAACCCGCUGAACGUGCAAUUUGUCCGUACGUUUUUUGGGAGGCCACGUCCGCCACGUAUUUCUGAAAACGUGGGAAACGACUGGCAAGAGCAGGGAGGGAGUACGUCAACGCAUGGCACAUAAAGUUGUGCCUACACGCAAAGCUCUACGGCGUGUCUGCGUGCUCCAAUAUCCGUCGGAUUCCCUACGACUUCGUACAGAGGCGGUACGGAUCCCAAAAGAUUGCCCACGUAUUUGCACGUACGGCGGGUUGUGCCCUUAGCUUCAGCAUUAUAACUGAAACAUGUCUCUGCGUUUGGAUCAAUAUUUUUCUUGUGGUUUGUUAGUAAUGACAUCUCCAGUGGUUCUGAAUUUGAGCCAGCUAGUGGCUUGUUAUGGUACUAGUAUGAAACAUGCGGUUAUAGCAGUUUUCUUAUCUGUUAGAAAUUUGAAUUGGUAGAUGACCUUGGAUUGACAAAAUAGCGUCAGAGGUUGUUUACUCCUAGUAGCAUGAAUAGCAGCUCAGAAGUGGUUUUGUAUGAGAGGUCGAGUCGGUAUGACUGCCAUUUGUAUUGACAGAUUGUCAUGAUGCUUGGUUUUCAGGCAUUUUAGAUAAAGGUACGGGUCAGAAUAUUUUUAUAAUGUCUACUGAAAACGUCUAUCUAUAGAAUGUAUUUGUAUUCACGUGACUAAGCUGUAAGAAGUGUUUACCAUGUUUAACAAUCAAAUCCCGGAGGUGUCAAAUUUGACUUCUAUAUUUAACUCACUCACUUUUUGAUUUGCACGACUUGGAAUAAAUAUUUGUAUUACAUCAAAGUUGUCAAUAUGACAAGUAGUAUAAUUAUGUACAUAUGGAAUUAUCUGCAAACAGAUAUAAGGGCCUGACUUACUCAUGUUCACAAUCAGAAUAGAUGACGAGUUUUGGAUUUCUUGUGUAAGUAACUCACUGGGUAAAGACUUAUUUGCGCACAUCCACGUGUUUGGGACCGCAUCUGUAAGUAGCGACAUCUAGCGAUGCAGUGCAAGGAGAACCAUGCAGGCACAAGUUUCCUGAGGAAGGUGAUUGACAAUCACAAAUACGUCCGUUAGAUAAAACUCUUAUCUUGUUUGUGUACAAAGAGCUUCGUAAAUUGUAUGAAGAAUAUUCAUAACAUUUAUGUAAUAGUAAACCGAUGUGAGUGCCGAGGUUCUGUGUAUAGAACCAGGCCCGUCCACCGUGGGGUUUCUAGUCUC